AUGCUGUGCCCUGUCCCAGAGGAACCGCUGCUGCUGGCCGAGCUCAAGCCGGGGCGUCCCCACCAGUUUGAUUGGAAGUCCAGCUGUGAGACGUGGAGUGUCGCCUUCUCCCCAGAUGGCUCCUGGUUCGCCUGGUCUCAAGGACACUGCAUUGUCAAGCUGAUCCCCUGGCCGCUGGAGGAGCAGUUUAUCCCCAAAGGGUUUGAAGCCAAAAGCCGAGGCAGCAAGAAUGACCCAAAAGGGCGAGGCAGCCCGAAAGAGAAGACCCUGGACUGUGGUCAGAUCGUCUGGGGUCUGGCCUUCAGCCUGUGGCCCUCGCCGCCCAGCCGGAGGCUCUGGGCACGCCACCAGCCACCAGUGCCCGACAUCUCCUGCUUGAUCCUCGCCACGGGGCUCAACGAUGGGCAGAUCAAGAUCUGGGAGGUACAGACAGGGCUCCUGCUCCUGAACCUUUCCGGCCACCAGGAUGUCGUCAGAGACCUGAGCUUCACACCCAGUGGCAGUUUGAUUCUGGUUUCCGCAUCUCGGGAUAAGACUCUUCGCAUCUGGGACUUGAAUAAACACGGUAAACAGAUCCAGGUGUUAUCGGGCCACCUGCAGUGGGUGUACUGCUGCUCCGUCUCCCCGGACUGCAGCAUGCUGUGUUCUGCGGCUGGAGAGAAGUCUGUCUUUCUCUGGAGCAUGAGGUCAUACACACUCAUCCGGAAGCUCGAAGGCCACCAGGGCAGUGUGGUCUCUUGUGACUUCUCCCCCGACUCAGCCCUGCUUGUCACCGCAUCUUACGACACCAAUGUGAUCAUGUGGGACCCUUACACUGGCGAAAGGCUGAGGUCCCUCCACCACACCCAGCUCGACCCUCCGAUGGAUGACAGUGAUGUCCACAUCAGCUCGCUCAGGUCCGUGUGCUUCUCCCCCGAAGGCCUAUACCUUGCCACGGUGGCAGAUGACAGACUGCUCAGAAUCUGGGCACUGGAACUGAAAACGCCAAUCGCAUUUGCUCCCAUGACCAAUGGCCUCUGCUGCACAUUUUUCCCACAUGGUGGCGUGAUCGCCACAGGGACCAGAGAUGGCCACGUCCAGUUCUGGACGGCGCCGAGGGUCCUGUCGUCGCUGAAGCACUUAUGCCGGAAAGCCCUCCGCAGUUUCCUGACCACAUACCAAGUCCUGGCACUGCCGAUCCCCAAGAAAAUGAAAGAGUUCCUCACGUACAGGACUUUCUAAGCGGCCCCCC